AUGGAGAUAGGAGAUGAUGAUGAUGAUGAUGAUGAUGAUGAUGAUGAUGGAGAUGAUGAUGAUGAUGAUGAUGACGACGACGACGACGACGAUGAUGAUGAUGGAGAUGACGAUAUGACUGAGAGGAUGGAAAUGAUGGCGAACAUGAGCUUUAAGCUGUCUUUUAGCGCCUCAGGGGGACUCAUUGCGUUCGUCAUUAUCGCAAACUUCGUGAGCAAGAUCGUAGAAGUUGAGGUGCAGGUGAAGCUAUCGGGAGCCGUGUCUGCAACGUGCUCUGAACUAGAUUCCUCCCAGCCGGCGCAAGAUUCAUCGUUGUACCACACUCUUGAUGAGCUCGAGUUGGCUUUCACCAUGUGUGUUGUGAAGAGUUUGUCUUGUUGCGUCGGGCGGGUCAAGUGA